AUGGUCUUCUUCUCAACAACCCUUGCUCGUCCACUGCAACUGGCCACUCGCGUCAUGCAGUGGAGUAGCGCUGUCAUUGUCAUGGGCCUGACCUCGUUCUUCAUCAACCGCGGUCCCCGUGGCCAGCAUACUAUCUACCAGGAAGUCAUUGCUGUCCUCUCAGUCGUCUUCUUCCUCCCGGCUUUCAUUUCGCCAUUCCUGCCCUCGUCAUUGGGCAAAUUCGUACUCGCCAUUGACGUUGUCUUCUCCUACCUCUGGUUGACUGCCUUUAUUUUCUCCGCGCAAGACUACAGCUCGGGACGAUGCUACUUCGCUAUCCCCGCCGGCAUCGGCUGCAAGCGCAAGAGGGCCAAUGAGGCUUUUAUCUUCCUGGCUUUUAUCUUCACCUUCUUCGGUAUGUUCCUUGAAGUCGCCGCUCUCUGGGCCUAUCGCAGGGAAAACACCACUGUCCGACACACAGACGAGGAUAAAGUCAAUGCUGGGACUCGUCCACCCCUUGAUGCGCCUGCAGCUCCUGCUGGAACUGUCUAA